CCACAAAGUAGCAGAUAUCACCAUCUGCACAAAUCAUCACUAUUGCAGUGUCUUUAUCAAACCAGCACGCAUUGAUUGACAAGCUCAGUACAGCGUCUCAUUAUAGCACUGACUCGAAUACCAUCUAUAGGAAUGGGGUCGGGAGCAUCAAAACAAAUUACACCGGCUACACAAUCCAGUCAAAUUCCAAAAAAGUCGCAAGCAUCUGACAAGGCAGAUGGCCAUACAUUGAUAUCAGAUCCUCGCGACCAUUCUAACCAGCACCAUCCCGCCAGCCCAGCGAGUUCCAUGUUUCCAUAUGCUCCACCAUCUCAACCUCGAAUUAUCGAUAAUCCUGAUUUAAAUUUGCCCAGCCCAACAUCCAAAGAAUCAGCUCUUUACCGCCUUCGCCAGGUCGAAGAAGAGCGUAAUAACGCUCUCUUGGAUAAGCGCCGUUUUGCCGUGCUUUUGUCCGAGGCAGAAACAGCAUCAGCAACACGCAAUGACUUGGUGCAUGACCUAGAGCAAGAACUGCGGGCUCAAAUGAUAGCCCUCAAGCAACAAACCCAAACUGUCACGGAUUUAAAAGAAUGCGUUGCAUCCAUGUAUACUGCUUUAUGCGCUUACAAAGAAUUGGUGCAAAAGCAUAUCGAUCAUUUGGAUCCAUUGGUAUAUCGAAUGCAGGAUGUGUUGGCUCACGAUACUGCUGCAGAUACUACUCGUCCAAAUCCGCAAUUCUCAACACUUUCUAUUCAAGCCUCUGUCGACACCAUAGAGGCCCGAAUCGCACAAAUAGCAGCACUAGACUCUAGUACAUCAUCACAUGAUUUUAUUCAACACAGUCGCCUUCCUUCUGUAGGUCGUCCAUCUGAAGUUAUCGCUACUCAUACAAAGGAUACCUUGCCACAACUCAUUUCAGAUUAUAUCCAACUUGCUUAUAAACUCAAGACCAGAGCAACAAAAACACUGUUUUGGACCGAGAAGGAUCCAUCUAAAGUAUUUCAUGCGGCUACCAAUGGUGAAAUGCUUAGUUUUUUGAAUCAAAGCUACGCAUCAGGGUUUUCUCAGUCAUUCGAUGCAUCAGAGACUUCAUUGGAAAGAGUUUUAUAG